AUGCCUACAUUAAAUCAAUUGAUUCGUCAUGGUAGAGAAGAAAAACGGCGCACGGACCGUACUAGAGCUUCGGAUCAAUGUCCCCAGAAGCAAGGAGUACGCCCGCGUGUUUCAACGAGAACACCGAAAAAACCUAAUUCAGCUCCACGUAAGAUAGCCAAAGUACGAUUGAGCAAUCGACAUGAUAUAUUUGCUCACAUUCCGGGCGAAGGUCAUAAUUCGCAGGAACAUUCUAUGGUCUUAAUAAGAGGAGGUAGAGUGAAAGAUUUGCCAGGUGUGAAAUCCCAUUGUAUUCGAGGAGUAAAGGAUUUGUUGGGAAUUCCGGAUCGAAGAAGAGGCAGAUCCAAAUAUGGUGCAGAAAAACCCAAAUCGAUAUGAAUGGAGGAUGCCUCUGGAACUUCUUUUUCUCAGUCAGGAGAGGUACGAAGUCACUCGCCCCUAUUCGAUAAGUAAAGGAGAGGGAACAACCACAACGUUAUGCCCUAAAAUUGAAACGGAGCCCUUCCGAAUGACCUAUAAUGGAGUCUAAUACACUAGACAAGAAAGGGAGAAACCGGGCCGACGAAAGAAUACCGCCCGUCCGAUUUCUUCGUCCGGUUUUAUUUUACUUUUUACAGAUAUUUUGUUUCUAAGUUUCCGGACUUGCCCUUCGCACGAUUCUCUCAAAAAAUGCUUGUUCCAAUCGGAACUGCAUGAAAAGUAAAAAAAAAGGUUCUCUUAUUUCUAGAGAAUUCCUGUUGUAUGGAUGAAGGAGUUCAAUUGGAAAUUCUUAAGCAUAGAUAACAUAUGGGGAUGGGAAGGUGGUUUCUUGUUUGGGAAUCUUAUCGUUAAUAUGGAUUCCCCAUAGUCUCGGUGUCUGAGGAUUUAGAGGAUCCUAUAUAUAAGCACGAUAUGAUUUCUUCAUUAUAGAUUUCGAUAUUUUUCGAUAAAAAGAUGGAUAGGAUUUCUUACUUCCACUUCCUAUAGGACAUGAGGGCUUCAAGCCUAUGCUAAGAGAGUAAGGUUCCUGUCUCGAUCCUCUUUCUUCUUUUGCUUUCCCUGCAAAACUCUUCUCGGAAAUUGAUUGCUUUAAACUAAACAAUAAAGAAAUUCUCUUCCCUUAACUUAAUAGGGGCAACUCCUACUUAAAAAAAGAUCUAUUACUUGAAACUUGUUUUACUAUUUUUUUGUGGUAGUUGUCUGGACGUGGCCUUUCUUUCAUUCCUUAGGUUAGGGAGUGAGAAGGAGGGCUAAGGGGAAAAGGGUGGCCCCCCCUACUUCCCCGAUUGGAGAAAAGCAGUGCGGUUGUGUUUGCCUUUAUACUUUACUUGGCAAGCGAAGGAAAUGGCUGAUUAACCCCCUCCUCACUAGGCUUCUUGAGUUAAGUUCUUUAGUGGACUUCUCCCGUUAGCUCAAAGUCAAUCGAAGAUAAAAUGGAAAGGUUUCAUCUCGUUCCCCCUAAUGGGUCUACUUGGACUACUUGUUCGUCCUGUAUUCAGAAAAGAAAGCGGAGAAUAGGAUUCCACUGAUGCGAUAUGACGAACUGGACGACCCACGUCAUUUGAAUCAAGGCAAGGCAGGCCUAACAGAAAAGGGAAUAAGGGGCGUAUUAGACUUGAGAGAGCAGAUAGGCGCGUAGCCCUGAACCAAUCAACCUGCUUCGACCUAUAGAGCUGAACCCAACUAAGCGCUUUGAAUUAAAAGUUUCUUUUAAACAAAGCAAUCCUCGGAUCCCGAUGGCAUGGUGAGCAAGCUGUAACGAAUCGGAAACCGCCAAUAUUUAUUCCGCAUUCAUUGAUCUGGAACCAAGGUACAUGAGAGAUAUCGGGCUAAACAUGCUGUCUUUUUUCCCUUGGAACUGGCUAGCUUGUUGAAGACAUUAUAGAUAGAAUAGAUAGAAGCUCGGGGUAGAAAGAAAACCUGAGAUCAUGUUCUCCCUUGAUCAAUUCCCUUUAGCUUAGGGCGGGAAUCUGAAGAUGACCUGACUUUCCCCCUCCCCCCAUUCCUUGUCACCUGCCAGUCAUGUAGAUAAAGUUCUUUGUUCUACUGUCUUUAAAAAGAGGAAUCAAUUCUUUUCUUGAUUCCCAUUUAUAUGUAGUAAGAAAAAUGGAGACUGGGGCAAAUCCAUAUCGCCGAAUCACGUAAAAAGAAGAUGUUAUCAAGCUCCUAACUCCUAAACUUUAUGUGAAGUGGAAGUGGCUAUCGAACCUGAAUCUCUUGAGAAAGCAGCUGAACUCGGAUCCUCAGUCUUGCUUGGGUUGCUGGUUGAUGUAAUAGAAUAGAGGUUAAGGGUUCAUACUUGUCUCCCGAUUCCAUGGGGCUGGGUCAAGACCAUUAGUACAAUACCCGUCUUUCUCUCUCGCAUCCAGACUCUUCCAUGAACCCGAGGAGAUACGGUGCGAAAGAAUGAAGGAUCCCCUUUUCUGGCUAAGAAAGGAUUGGAUCCCUUUUGUUUGAUUAGAUCUCAAUCACUUAGAUAAUAGAGUAGAGUGUCUCACGCCUCUCUUCCAAUGCCAAUCCUCCGCCGAUAGGAUGGUUUUGAUUGGCUUGAGGCUAAUCUAUCGCCAAAUUAAGCCGACCGGCUAAUUCUGGGCUAGCCAUUUCCGCUGAUCUUCCUUAUUCCUAUGGGCUGGUUGCUUCUUAGUGAAGGUGGGCUGGAAGUCAAAGCAAAGAAAGAAGCCACUACUCGGGUUACGUGUUCAGAGACGAGGUAAAAGGAACUUGUAACAUGAACAUCCAGCUCUGUCUACUAAAUAAGACUAUUCCAAUCCAAAGAGAGGAGGCAAAGUCGCCAAUUCCGGUUCUUCAAGCCGAGCGCCGACACCAAGCCAGUUGAUGAAUUGACUUCUCUAUGCGGGACAUGGAGUGUGGAGUAAAGCCCCCCUUUUCCUUUCUGGAAAUACAGAAUUAUCUCCUCGCUGGUUUAUGCCCCGAGAUGUGCCAUACCUUUUCCGAUCACAGGUAUUGUCGAACCGUGUCUUUCAAAACCACCGCGUUGCUGGAUUUCAUAAACCUCUUCUUUUUUUAUGCCUACGUUAUAGUGGGAUUUGCCCCAUCCAAAUAAAUAAGUGGAAGCGGUUAUGAAAAUGUAACGAGGAAGGCCGCCUUGCAGUUGGUUCGUUCCAACCAAGUCUGAUCCGCUUGCUAGUUUCCUGAUCCCGGGAGAGGCAGGGGGAGGUCUUUGUCAUGAUCCCAUAAAUGUACUACAGGCUCCCCGCUAUGGUAUGGUUCCAUCGAAUAUCGAAUAAGGUAACUUAAAAUCCUCUGCGGUCUAUGGUCUUUCCGUUUAUGUCCAGUUGCUGACAUCAUGAACGAAGUUGGGCAUCAUCGCAGCUCCCACACGAAGAAGGAAGCCAGAGGAUAGAGGCGUUUCAAUCUCAAUGGUAUGUGAGGCCGGGUUUGCUGUUUCUGUUAUGGGCUUUAUUUUCAGUUUGGCCUAACGAAUAACGCUUAUUGGUAAAGGUUCCCAUUUUUAGUUAUUUAGGUGUUAAUUCAAUAACGAAUAUCAUAAGAGAGGAGGUCUAAUCAGUUAUUCAUUGAGUCGACAUAGUUAGCUUAUUAUGAUUAAGAUUCUGCUUUUCACUUUGUGAAGAUUCUGUUGGUGUUCAGUCUACCGCCCCCUCUUAAGGGGCUUAGUACAAGAUCUCAAAUCAGGUUCCCCCUCUUUCGUCAAUUAGUUGAUCGAGAAACCUCUGCCCAAUAGAGCAACGCCAAGAGUGGAUCAGGCCAUAUGCUUGAGUGGUUUAGCCCGCGAAGCCGGUCACCGGUAGGCCUAAGAUCCUCUUUUUGACAGAAGAGCCGAAAACCUGAUUAAGCUGUGCCGAAAUGAUCUUGCCGUGCUGCUAUUACCCUAAACAAAGUAGAGUCAAUGUGAAAGAAAGGUACCUAUCGAGCUCUAAGAUAAAGUUAGUAGAGUGGUCUGCUCCUCUAACUCGAAAUGAAAAUAUCGUAGGAGAAGAAAAGAAAGUGGAUCUAGUGCAGAACCUCAACCAACCGGUGGAUCCGCCUUUCUUCGCGCUGACUCUGCGUCAAGUGAGAUGUGUGAUAGCUGGCAUGUUUACCAGCAGCUAAUUGUGCUAUGAAAGGAUUUGGGUCUCUAACGUAGAAAACGAUCGAUCAAGUCAAUGCUUCGGUUUCGGUAGGACUAGCAUACCCCAGUCGCUAGCUUUAGUAAACUAUUUAACCUCCCGAUCUGGUUAGCAGAGCGCACCAGAAGUCAAUAAAGAAGGACUCGAGAUCCCGAAAGAAGAGCGGCAUGCUCGCAUAAAUGCUAUUAUGUAGUCAGUCUCGAAUCUCUCCCUUAUGUGAUUACUUCGUCGAUCAAUCUCAAACUGGUGGAAUUAUUAUAGUCAAAGGAAAAGAGGGAAAUUCUCCAGUUUCUACUACUGUAGGGCCGACAUCCUACUUCCUGGUCUACUGGCCACAUUAGAUACAUCAUUAUCCCGCUGCAUGAACCAACGUCUACCAAUGGAAAGGCCAAGAAGAAGGGCCCAUUAUGGCAGAUCCUGAGCGAAGGCUUUGAGAGAUACAUGCUUGUGUUUACUGCAGGAAGGGAGUUGGGAAGCGUUUAUACGCUGAUCCGGAGGCGAGGCAUGCUACCGAACACAAAGGUUAAAUUAAAGGAAAGAAAGACAAUAAAGCCAGUAGUUGUGCCGAUCUUGUUCGCCUGAGCGAAUUUGUUAAUUCAAGGAGAUCCGGUGGUAUUCAACCCCAGGCCAACGGCCAAUUCUAGUCCCUUAACAACCACAUCCGGAUUCGUUGAGACAUCAAAUCAGUCCGAAGACACUAAAGGAAGAUGUGGAAAGGGCUCAUUAUUACUUAUUCUAUUUUCUCCAGAAAGAGGAAGAAGAGUGUACAACAGAUACAUUCAUCCCAUCCAACAAAGACUUUUUCUACAAUUAUCAAGAGCUAGACCUAUUCUCCAGCAAUAGAUUACGAGGGCUAGACCUAUUGAUCAUAACGGUCCGCUACCCCCCUCAAUUGAUCCUUUCAGGCAAGGCUCUAAGCGAAUCAACUCAUUUGUGAACGAGUUUAAGGCUUUGACCGAUCAAUUCUAUGUCCAAAGGAAUGAAAUCUGAGGCUGAAAGCUUCCGGUGAGUAUGCAGGUUCUAGUAUGAAAGUUACGGAAGACCUGUGUAAGGGCAUGCGGAGUUGGAACCUCACUGGCUUGGCUUAAGAAUGCCAACUCACUUUGAUAGCCGAGAGAAGCCAUCUCUAUGGACGAGAGUUUCGGAUGCGCUAAGUGACAAUGGCUAGAUCUUCGUUGCAGUCUUGAAGCUAGCGUUUUACUUCCAUUACUGGACGGAAUUCGCUAGCGACGAUGCAAACCUUAUCCCUUUCUUCCCUCAACGAUUGGUAGCAUUUCAUUCCUCCCUGAAGUUCCAAUAAAGAAAGAGUCUACAAUGAAGGUCAGCUGGCAGGUGUGACCACUUCCCGUGCUCGCCCAAUAUAGUCUAGUAGAGUAGAGCUCAGACGCUUCCCAUUGUCCGUCUGGUUGAUGAAAUAGGGGUUCCCGGUGAAAAAGAGGAGAGAAGGUGAGAACUCUCAAUCGAAGGCGUACAAUCAUGCUUCCCUUCACUUUGCUUGUUUCAUACAGGACUCUUCUUUCUUUAAGGAACGGAACCCUCUUGAAUCAAUUGACUAGCCGAGAUAGAUGAGUUUCAUAAAAGAUGAUUCUUUCGUAUAUUUCGUAUAAAAGGUAUCCUACCGAUCGGAAGUCUUCGUUGGGACCCUUUCAACCAUCUUCCUUUUUCAAGAAAGCUAGUAUCCUAUUUCUUUAAUAAGAAAGAGCGCUAGCGAGCUUCUAUUCUCUCCGUAAAGUCACCGCCGUACUAGUUAUCUGAACCCGAACAACUGGUCUUAAAGAAAACGAAUGAAGUACCGAACGAGUGGAAUAAACGAACGGAAUACUUGAAGUGAGUCUAACGAGUAAGACAACGCCGGAAACCUAACUAGGAAUCAAACUAGUCUUCUCCCUUAUUUCUUUUAUGAACUCACUGACUCCUUUUUCCUUCUCCCCCACUUCGUUCCUUUCCAGUGAGUCAAGCGAGUCUGUUUCGUUCCUCUUUCUUCAAAGAGUGGCUAAUUCCCUUCUUCCGCUUUGGUUGGUUUAUCCUAUCCCUUUAGUACAUCUCGGGCGAUGAGAGAACCUUCCAUACUUGUUUCUUAAGUAAGGACAGAUAUUCAGUAACAACUUCUUACCAGACAAAGGACUUGGGUUCGAUCGGACUAUUUGGUUAGUUUGAGGAUUCUCACUUCCCUUCUUCGAGCAUAGCAUGAAGCUACCGAAGGAGUGAAACGACUCUUUUCACUCGACUAAUCAUCCGUCAGACAUCAAGAACAAGGUACGUAAGUCACUGUCCUGUUAAGGAGUGAAACCCAGGUACGUGUAGUCACUCAUAGCUGGCUAUAUGAGUGAGUACUCCCACUCUUUAUUGACUAGAAAGGCUAUCGAAUCAGAGAAAGAAGUAGUAGUUCUUACUAGACUUACACUAUGACGGCUAAGAAAGUCGCGUUUCACGAGUCAUACGUAAUUAGCCAAGAACGGGCGUUAUAAAAGAAAGCCAAUUAUCAGCCUUAGAAUCAAAGAAAUUUGGUAAUUUACCAUAUCCAGGAUAGACCGAAUGAGUUGAACGUAGUGAAACGAAAAGCUCUCAGCUAUAUGAGUAAAUGAGUAAGUACGUACCUACAUUGACUACGUGAAAGCAAUAAGACUCUGAAUCGCUCGUAUCCCAUACCCAUGGGCUACUUCACUGGUACAGUAGAUAGUUAAGAAAGAGAGCUUAAGGUGCUAACAUCUAAUCUCUUCUAUGUAAGGUAAAGGCGUUAGCUCCCCUCGCUUCGCUCGACUUGCUUCGUUUCUUUAGCAGCUACGGAAGAGCUCGCUCGAACAAGCAAGGGCUUCACUAUUUGUGAGUUUUCCGUUCCGCAUCAGCAGCCUAUAGCAGGAGCAGCAGGUGUGGAAGGUCUUACUUUGGAAGCCGCUAACGCUAAUACAGCUAGCGCUCAAUCAGUUUGAUUAGUAGCGACGCGAAGUAAGAAUACAAAAUCCGCUGCUUUAAAGAGGAGGACUGAUGCUGUCAGCUCAGAUAGAAUUGGAAAUGAUUAAUCUGGUUUCGUGGCUUCCUUUGUCCCAUGGGAAAGACGCUAAGGCUUCCACCCUUGCCUUCUUGCUGGAGUUUUCUUGCUAGGAAGAGAGAAAGUUAGACAAGAAUUAUCAUAGAUAAGAUAGAUUCGUUCUGCCCUUUGCUUUUCUAGUAAAGUGAGGUAAGCUUAGCCUUGUGUGACCUGAAGUCGGCGACAGCCGGGAUACCAGAGGGCAUAAAUUCCAAUCUGACUUCAGAAGCAAAAGUCAAAAGUCUUUCUCCAAUCAAAAGGAUAUAGAAAGUGAUCCGUUGAUCAAGAUAUAAAAGCGGAAGCAAGAAGUGGUAUCGUAUAUAAGAAAAGGAAGCAUUUAGGAGUGAUCUAUUCAAUAAUAUCAUAAGAAAAGAAUUAGCAAGUAAAGUAGUACGCCCGGUAGGUUCUACCACUUCAGAGCCAAAAGAUCAUUAGUGAAAGAAGGACCAAGGAGGAGUAGGAGCGUAAGCCACUCGACAGGAGAGGAGCGAA